ACUCAAGAAUAAACAAACCCCACUAGAACAUAGAGAAACACUAAACACUGAAAAUACAAAACUAAAUAAUACCGAAUCAUGACAUAAAGUGUCUUAUAACAAUGCAUUUUGAUGUAUACUUGUGGUAUUCUCUUCUUCUUUUUCAAAGAAACAUAGACCAGAACAAACAAAACGAUAAGAGCUAAGUGAAAUAGAGAUGCGAUUUUUUAAUCUGACAUACUAGCCUGCAAAAAUUAAUUCAGACACAAAUGCACAGCUCCUAGCACAAUGUUUGGAUUCAAAUUGUCCAUAAAUUCAAAACCUAACAGUCAAAGACCAUUACAGUCAUGCGUAAUUUCAAGAAUGCCAUGCGUAUUUCGGUUUAUUAGUGGGCUAAAUAUUGACACAAGAGCAGACUUGUGCAGAUGUUUGCAGAUGGCGACAAAUGUGAACAUCAGGUAAGGUGUGUUUGAGUUUGAACAGAGACCUCGUAGGCUGAAGCUCUGCUGCCUUCACUGACUCGACUCCAGCGGAGCGCAGACGGAACCAGUUGCACAAGUUGCCUCGACAGGAAUAUUGAGGAGAUCCGUUUCGGCGAUGUUCAUCAUUUACUGCCUUGCUGAAAGGACUUGUAUUUGUCUUAUUCAUUAGCCUUUCCAUGAAGACAGAGUGGAAAUACCGUUAACUUAUGGCGUGGUGUGUGAGAGAAGAACAAAUGUGAGAUUUCAUUCCCACCAUGUCAGCAAAUGGGAGCUCAGAAACAGGCUGCAGGUCAGAGAUCAGACCAACCAACACCACCUGCAGCCAGAAGGAGCUGUCUGUCACCACCUCUAUCAUCUCCAUGACUGUGGGCAUCUUGUCCAACAGCCUCGCCCUCUUCAUCCUCAUCAAAUCCUAUAAGCGCAUCCGGAUCAAGUCAAAGGCAUCCUUCCUGCUGUUCGCCAGCAGUUUGGUGGUCACAGACCUGCUGGGUCACCUCAUCAACGGCUCCCUGGUGCUGUAUGUGUAUGGCUCCCACAAGCAAUGGGAGACGUUUGACCCUCAUCGCAUUGUGUGCAGUGUGUUUGGGGCGUGCAUGGUGUUCUUUGGCCUGAGCCCCUUGUUCCUGGGGAGUGCUAUGGCUGUGGAGCGCUGCAUCGGAGUCACCAGGCCUAUCUUCCACUCCACAGCAUUAGCUUCUCACCACAUGAAAAUGCUGCUGGGACUCACCUGGCUGCUGGCUGCGCUGGUUGCUCUGCUGCCUGUGGUUUUGUGGAGGCCCUAUAAGAUUCAGAGCUCCAGAAGCUGGUGUUUCUUCCACAUGGAGGAGCUCAAAGACUGGCUGGAUGUGCUCCUGCCUCUGCUCUUUUCCAUGCUGGGGCUGCUGGCUCUGCUGCUCUCCAUCGUGUGCAACACUCUGACCAGCUUUGCGCUGCUGCUGGCCAGACUUAGACGCAAACAUCACUGCAGAGGCCCAUCCUACCACAUAGAGAUGAUCUGCCAGCUGCUGGCUAUCAUGUUAGUGUCCUGUGUGUGCUGGGUCCCUUUACUGAUCCGUAUCAUCAUCCUGAGCACCAGAGCCACAGACGAGCCUGUCUCCUUCAGCCUCCUCAUGGUGGUACGUAUGGCCACAUGGAACCAGAUUCUGGACCCCUGGGUCUACAUCCUCCUGAGGAAGGCUGUUCUGAGGAAACUCUUCAUGUUGUUUCACAGCUGCUUUGGCCCAAAGUCUCACGACCUUCACAGCUGGCAGCGCAGCGUGCUCCGCAGUUCAAUGGAGACCAGCAACCUGGCUGCUGGUCCGUCUUAUGGCCUCAGUAGAUUGCCACUGCCGGACACCGCCAUCAAAUCCAUCACCUGAGCCCUUACUCAGUGCGCUGAGCUAACAUAACAGGAAGAAGCUGUAGAGAUCUCAAACUUUGUUGGACUACAUUUAAAGUUGUUGUAUUUAUCGCAAUACACUCGUAUGCCUUCCUGGGACUUCUGAUGUUGAAUAAUUAUUUUCAAUAUGGGAUUAACUUCUGACUGUGUCUUGUGACUCUGUGAAGAAUCUGUUUAAACAGUUCCCUGUGCUCCUCAAAUAUGUCAUCCACAGUAGGAAAAGCCAUGUCUUUAUUGUUCUUUUUCUUUGGAAAUAUAAAUGUCUUUGUUCUUAUAAAAGUCCUUCCUGAAAUGUUCAUAAAACAGCACCGGCCCUGCUCUAAACUUCAAUGUACUAUUUUAUACUGGCUGUUUUGAUUUUCUUUCUUAUUUUGUUACUCUUGUUACUGGGACAGGCCCUCGUCAGAAACGAGGAAUGCAAAAAACAAAUUGUGUUUUUGGCUUCAAAUGUGGAUUCUAAGUUGAUGGAGUCAUGCUUGUGAUUUGAGCUAAUACAGGUUAUGUUACAAAUCUGGAUGUUAAUGUGAACAGGUGCAGUAUGUAAUGGCUGUGCGGAACUCAAUGUUAAAAAUCAGAAUGUGUCAGAUUAUAUAAUUGAGUCCAUGACACCGUCUAAAGAAAUUUUUAAGUCCUACCAACACACACUGUUUAGAUAAUUAUAAAACAAGUAGGCCUACAUCUCCACAGUUUAGUUCAAUUCCCUUUUUAUGAAUGGCCUGCUUUUUUGUGUUCCUAUGCAUGUAAAAUGCUGUCUAUGAAUAGAAAAUCAUGCUAGAUUGUUUCUAUACAUUUAAUUAAAUACUGAAAAAAAUGUUCUGAGACAGAACAGGGCCUGCCGAUCAGUCAGCCUGCUUAUGAACUGUCAAAGUAAUGAUCUGCACAAGUGCUGUUGUGUCAUCUCCUCUUUAAAUCUUUGCAAUUUUUGAAAUGCAUAUCAAAAGUGUUAAAGAAAUCCAGAGUAUAACAGAGCAAAUUGAUUUCUAUUAAAAGAUGGUCUGUCGUGAUGGGCCAGGUUGUGUGUGAUAGGGAAGAGUUAUUAAAAAAGCCCUUCUGUUUCUAUGACAUCAGGAGCUUAGCAGCAGGACAAUUAGAGACUUUUCAGUGUUCCAUUUCAAUAAAUUAUAAUUACUUAAUUUAAGUCAAUUAUAUCAAUUAUAAUUUAAAAAGUAGAAAGACAGUGACCUGUUAUGUGCUGAUAGAAUCCUUGCUAAUUACAGAUCCUGCUGCUGCUCUGGGGGAUUUAGCACGUUACGGCACACUGCUAACUCAUCUUUGAGAGCUGUGCUCUAUUAAGGACAAAAUAAUCACACAAUGUGAAAUGAUAUAGGCUACUAAA